GGUACAAGAUUUCUGUUUAUUGGUACAGGUUGAAGAAAUUAGAGGAAAUGUAGAGAAGAUCCAAGCUAAUGUUGAGGAAGUGAAAAAGAAACACAGUGCUAUACUGUCAGCACCACAAACAGAUGAAAAGGUCAAGCAAGAAUUAGAAGAUCUUAUGGCUGACAUCAAGAAGGCUGCUAACAAAGUACGAACCAAGUUAAAAGUUAUGGAACAAAACAUCGAACAACAGGAACAUACCAGCAUGAUGUCAGCAGAUUUUAGGAUACGCAAAACACAGCACUCUAUGCUAUCCCAAAAAUUUGUUGAGGUAAUGACGGACUACAACAAGACACAGACGGACUAUAGAGAGAGGUGCAAGGCACGGAUUCAGCGGCAACUUGAAAUUACGGGUAAGGUGACAACAAACGAAGAACUAGAAGAAAUGUUGGAGAGUGGGAAUCCUGCAACUUUCACACAAGGAAUCAUCAUGGAGACACAGCAAGCCAAACAAACACUAGCAGACAUUGAGGCUCGUCACAAUGAUAUCAUUAAGUUGGAAACCAGCAUCAGAGAACUACAUGACAUGUUUAUGGACAUGGCCAUGUUAGUUGAGAGUCAGGGAGAAAUGAUUGAUAGGAUUGAGUACCAAGUGGAACAUGCUAAAGAUUAUAUUGAAGCAGCCAAACAGGACACAAAAAAAGCUCUUGUCUAUCAGAGCAAAGCUAGAAGGAAAAAGAUAAUGAUCAUGAUCUGUGUUGUCAUCUUGGUGGUGAUCUUGGUCUCUACUCUAGGAGGUUAUCUAGGAAUGUGAAGUGCUGUCUGUCUCUUCCCUCUUCCUCCCACUUUUAUCUUGACCCAUUGGUAAAUGCUGAACAUAAUGAAAGGCUUGCAUUUCUUCUUUUUUUUCUCCUUGUUUUUAUAUUGAGUUUUUCAUGAUCUUUUUAAUACUAUAUGGUUCUUUUCCACUCAUUUUAUACAUGUAAAAUCUUGGUAAGCUGAUACAUUUUAAAUCCAGUGUAUCUGGACAACGAUCAACUGUUAUACCUUCUCAGACCUAGGUACUUUUAACCCUGGAGUUAUUUAGUUUCAUCUGACAUUCUUUUUUCUAACACUGGAACAGUUUAAUUCUUAGCUGAUUAUUCCUGUAUUAAACUCUACAGAACACUGUAUGUUACACAUCCUAUCCUUGGUUGAUUUUGAGAUUUCAGUUAUACUUGUUUAAACCUUGAAAACUGUGGAUGUCAUGCUGAUGUAUACAACCAUCCUCAUCAAAAGAUCUCGGAUCUUCAUACCAUUGCCUUUAUCUUCCAGGAAUAUAAAAAGACAACAACAAAAACUAAGCAUGUAUGGUAAAUUAUUUGAGCCUUGUAGGUACAUUAUAGAUAAGAUAAUCAGUUGAAACCAGAGUAUACUUAACAUUAGUUAUAAACAACAAAGUUAUUACAGUAAAAAGACUAAAAAACAAAAAUUAGAAUUUAGGGGACUAGAAUUAUUGUGCUGUAAAUCUUUAAUGUUAAAAGUUUCAUCUUAUAUUGCUCUUGCGCAUUGUAAAUUAAAGGGCUGUAUAAAAUAAAUGCAUUUAAGAUGUCUGUACUGAUAAGAAGAAACGUUACAAUGCUCAUUAGAAAGUUAAUCAUUUUAUUAUGCAUUAUUUGUAAUAGGUCUUGUUUUCAUUUUGCGUGAUGUAGAUACUAAACCAUGAGUCAUUCUUUUGUAAAACUAAGCUAAAGGUUGUGAAUAUGAUUAGCUUUGGAUGAUUGGAGUUUAGAACCAUUAUAAAACUAAACUUAAUAGUCAAUGAUUGACUGAUAUCACCUGGAGAUAUAAACAAAAUUGAUUAGCCAGAAAUUGUGGUGAUAUGAAUAAAAAUAAGUGCUUUUAAGAAUUUUAUUUGUUAGUUUAAAAUGAAAGAUUUUGAAGAGACAAAACUUGCGAAUAUAUAAACUUUGGUUAAAGUGCAGGUUGACAUCCUCAAUACAAGAUUCUCUAGCAAUAUCCAUUAAAUACCUUAAUGUAAAUAUAUAUAAAUAUCGCAAUAUGUAUGACAUUGAAAAUCCUAGUUCUCUAUCAUUCCUUCAUGUAGGUCUUUGAUGUUCAGCUUACUAAGUCAAAGUUUACUUUUAUAGUAAACCUUACUAGAGAUUAUCAGCUGGACUCAACAGUAUUCUGUAUUUAUCAUAUCUUGGAAUUACCUUUACUUAUCUCACCCAUUCGUUUACUAAUUUUUAAUGUAAAUUACUAGGAAGUGGCCUUCUGAAGAAGCCUUAGUUGGCUGUCACUUGCUUGUUCUUUCUUCAUCCCUAGAUGAAUGUUAGACCUGGGUUCCUGAUGGCCUUAUUGCAAUGCUUUGAUAUGACAUGGGAGGUACAGUGGAGAGACAGAAUCUUAAAGACAAUGAAAAAAGAACAGUUUUGUUGCAAUAACUACAUGUAGCCUCUCUUUCUUGUCUACAUAGUAUUUGACUGUUAAGAUUUCUUCAUUCAGUUUUGUUGAAAAAAUUUCAAACUUUCAUGUUCAUUCGUUAUGCAGAGGUAAAUACCUAUAUGUGUGAGUACAUGUACUGUGGUUCUGUGUAUUUUGCUAAUUUGUUUUUGCAAUGGGUGUCAGAAAGUUAAAACAUUUCUAGAAUUGUAAACUGAUAAAAACAUCACUGUUAUAGAUCCUGACUCAAAAUAGAAAUACAGCAAAGUUAGAAUAUUCGCUACUUGACAUUGCUCUGUCAAACUAUAAUGUGUAAUACAAACUUUAAAACUCCAUGUCUGAUGAAGCCCUGUGCAAACUAACUGUUGGUGAUGUUUCUUCUCAAAACUGAACUUAUGGAAAAAAAAAAAUUACAAAUAACAAUUUUGUUUUUCUUAUAUAACCUUAAUCACAACCUGUUUGGGGUGGCCGGUAUUUUUGUAAGCCAAGAAAUUUCACAUUUGAGUGGCUGGCCCAGUUGGCAACAAUAUAGAAUGAGCAUGUUUGAUAAUAGAGAUUCAAAUUCAUAACCUUCAGUUUGUGAGUCAAGCUUCCUAACAACCAAACUAUGCCAAGCCCUAUUGUACUCUUUAUUAUAAUCUUAUAAAUGCAUACUAAACUUAUGUUUUUUUUACAAUGAAUUGAUUUUAUUUACUUAAUUUUUCCAAGAAUUAUAUCUUCAAAGAAAUUAUAUCAAAACUCCCUUUGAUAAUGUACGAUAUAUUCAUAAUUUUUGUUUGCUUAAUAUUAAUCGUCUCAUUAUUGUAAGAGAGUUUUAUGCAAAAGCAUAUUCCAGUCACCUAUCAGCAUCCACCUAUGUAGUGAUACUACACAGCUUACAAGAAAUUGUUUUAAUUCACUCAAACUUAAAGGCUUUUUCCAUAUCCAGACUUUGUUACAUCCUGCAAGUUCACAAACAAUAAUUGCAAGGAUGUAUUGAAAGAGUAAGUAAUGGCUACAUUAUAUUGUGAAACGUAUAAUAUCUUUAAUUUUCUAUUUAAAUAAAAAUGUCCAAUAGUUUCAGUGAUGGUCAUCAAAAAUCAGUUUGAUUAAUUCCUACAGCAUGCAGAUACUUGUGUAAAAUACAGUUAGAUAAUCACCCUCAACAUUUCAACCUUUAAUUUACACAUUGAGUAAGUAGGAUAAUUUCAGUGAAGGUUAAAACCUGAACUCCUAAAAUUUAGUGCACUUAAGUAGACAGUAAAAUAAAUGAAGGGUUAUGUGAAGGUUGCCCUUUAAUAUAAACUUUAUAUAUUUCAUUAUUUUUAUGAAAUAAUAAUUUAAACGUAGAUUUAUUGAUUACAAACAUGAUAUUUCUAUUAGAUCAUGACACCUCAAGAUUUAUUAAAGUACUUUACCAAUAGAGCAAAAAUAGAACUAUUCUUUAUAGUACUUAAUAGUACUAGACAAUGCAGCACCUUUGGGUUAGUUUUGUUUAAAAACGAUGCUUUUACUUUCCCCAAAAGGUGAAUGAGUACUAGAGUUUCUUUACAAAACAAGUAAUGGUACAUUGGAAUACCAGGUACAUAGAAACUAGAUUACACAAAGACACGUGGAUGAACUUUAUCAGUAAUGGUACUUUGUAAUACCGGGUACAUUGGAAACUAGAUUACAGAAAGAUGGGUGGAUGAACUUCAUCAGUAAUGGUACUUUGUAAUACCAGGUACAUUAGAAACUAGAUUACAGAAAAACUGAUGGAUGAACUUUAUCAGUAAUGGUGCUUUGCAGUACCA